AUGUUCUUCCUCUUUUCACUCCUGGUGUAUGUGGCUGGUAAGUGCCUCACCUCCACCACUACCAACACCACUACCACUAACACCAGCACGACUACUGCACUAUCCACAGGGAGGCAGGAGACACAGGGGAGGGCCGUGGCAUAACAUGGCAGGCAUGGGGUUUUGACUGAACAUUAAUGGACUGACUUAUUCUGGAGCCUGAGGCUUCCUUCCUUUGCAUGCGUACUACAGUGUGUGUGUGUUAUGUAUAUCCCAAGUAUAAUGUAAAAUACUGUAUAUCACAAGUAUAUUUAGGCCAUGACACACACACAGUAACUGUGUAACUCUGCCACAGGUCAUAGGUUCAAUGCAUCACUUGAGAGAGCAACUGAGCCAUCCAUGUCAUUUCUUCUUCUACAGAAGUCUGGUGUUAUCCACACUGUUUGCCUCUCACUCUUCCUUGUCUGUCAAUCAGACUAACCUUCCACAUUCUAUUGCUUUGGUGUUUUCCCACCUCUGUUCAGUUCCCAUUCUUUUCGACCUCCCUCUUUUCCUGUCCUCCUUUCUUUUUUCCUGACACCCGUUCUGUAUCCUUUCCAUGCUUUCUUCUGUGUUUUGUUCACACUGUCUGUUCUGCUUUCUCUUUCUUCCUUCCUUAUGUUGUCUCGUCUCUGUCUCCAGACUAUACAUCUCUCCUUUUCCCUCUUCCCUUUCUCAAUCUCCAGAUGUAUAUUUUCCUCUAUUAAUCUCCCUCCCACUAUAAUUCAAUGUUGUUCAUACACUCACUCCCCAUUCUGUGUGACUCCCUGUCUGUUGAUAUGAAUACACAUGCUGAGUAGAGUACACACACACACAAUGGGGGAGUAGGGCAGAUAGAAGGUUUGGGGUUUGUGCAAUGGGCCGGACAGUGUUUGCUGAUGGGAAUUUAGGAAUUUAAUUGACAUGGAGCGAGGGUUGGAAGAAUAGAGUAGGGGAGGAGGAGGAUGGGGAGAUAACUGAGGUGAUCCACAAGGCCAGUUCUAUUGCACAACCGGAUGUGAAUAUCGUAACCUGCCAAGAUCCCUAUCCAAGCUUACUGUAGUUCAAAUAAGAGCCAAUAAGAAUUCUGAAUUACAGUGCAUUCGGAAAGUAUUCAGACCCCUUGACUUUUUCCACAUUUUCUUACAUUACAGCCUUAUUCUAAAAUUGAUUAAAUUGUAUUUUUUCCUCAUCAAUCUACGCACAACACCUCAUAAUGACAAAGCAAAAACAGGUUUUUAGAAAUGUUUGCAAAUGUGUUACAAAUAAAAAACAGAAAUAUGACAUUUACAUAAGUAUUCAGACCCUUUACUCAGUACUUUGUUAAAGCCUCCUUUGGCAGCGAUUAUAGCCUCGAGUCUUCUUGGGUAUGACGCUACAAGCUUGGCACACCUCUGCAGAUCCUCUCAAGCUCUGUCAGGUUGGAUGGGGAGCGUCGCUGCACAGCUAUUUUCAGGACUCAUCAGAGAAGUUCGAGCGGGUUCAAGUCCGGGCUCUGGCUGGGCCACUCAAGGACAUUCAGAAACUUAUCCCAAAGCCACUCCUGCGUUGCCUUGGCUGUGUGCGUAGGGUCGUUGUUCUGUUGGAAGGUGAUCCUUCACCCCAGUCUGAGGUCCUGAGCGCUCUGGAGCAGGUUUUCAUCAAGGAUUUCUCUGCACUUUGCUCCAUUCAUCUUUCCCUCGAUCCUGACUAGUCUCCCAGUCCCUGCCGCUGAAAAACAUCCCCACAGCAUGAUGCUGCCACCACCAUGCUUCACCGUAGGGAUGGUGCCAGGUUUCUCCAGACGUGACGCUUGGCAUUCAGGCCAAAGAGUUUAAUCUUGGUUCCAUCACACCAGAUAAUCUUGUUUCUCAUGGUCUGAGAGUCCUUUAGGUGCCUUUUGGCAAACUCCAAGCGGGCUGUCAUGUGCCUUUUACUGAGGAGUGGCUUCCGUCUAGCAACUCUACCAUAGAGACCUGAUUGGUGGAGUGCUGCAGAGAUGGUUGUCCUUCUGGAAGGUUCUCCCAUCUCCACAGAGGAACUCUGGAGCUCUGUCAGAGUGACCAUCGGGUUCUUGGUCACCUCCCUGACCAAGGCCCUUCUCCCCCGAUUGCUCAGUUUGGCCGGCCGGCCAGCUCUAGGAAGAGUCUUGGUGGUUCCAAACGUCUUCCAUUUAAGAAUGAUGGAGGCCAAUGUGUUCUUGGGGACCUUCAAUGCUGCAGAAGUUUUUGGUACCCUUCCCCAGAUCUGUGCCUCAACACAAUCCUGUCUCGGAGCUCUACGGACAGUUCCUUCGACCUCAUAGCUUGGUUUUUACUCUGACAUGCACUGUCAACUGUGGGACCUUAUAUAGACAGGUGUGUGCCUUUCCAAAUCAUGUCCAAUCAGUUGAAUUUACCACAGGUGGACUCCAAUGAAGUUGUAGAAACAUCUCAAGGAUGAUCAAUGGAAACAGGAUGCACCUGAGCUCAAUUUCGAGUCUCAUAGCAAAGGGUCUGAAUACUUCUGUAAAUAAGGUAUCUGUUUUUUUAUUUUAUAGAUUUGCAAAAAGGUCUAAAAAACAGUUUUUGCUUUGUCAUUAUGGGGUAUUGUGUGUAGAUUUAAAAAAAGAAGAAGUAAAUUGAUCAAUUUUAGAAUAAGGUUGAAACAUAACAAAAUGUGGAAAAAGUCAUUUGGUCUGAAUACUUUCCGAAUGCACUGUAUGGUCUAAGAAAUCAUAAGAUUUCCUCUCUCUCUCUCGCUCUCUCUCAUUCUACCACAGUAAUGUGUGCUGUUAGAAAGACCUCUGUGUGCAGGCUUUUUUUCAAAGUCAUCAUUGUAUCUCCUUAUGAAGGUGUGCCCAUGGGAAACAGGUGGGAACUAAGAGGAGAGCGGAAGAGAGAGAUAGGAGAGAGCAGAGCGGGGGAGAGAGAUCGCUAGGCAAUUGUUCUAGAGAGUAUCUCGCUCUGAGAACUCUAUCUAUCUCUAUGUAUCUCUCUCAUUUCUGCUCUAGCUAGCGCUAGAUCUCUAUUCUCUCCUCUCUCUCUAUAUAUCCUCUAUCCUAGAUCCUUAUCUCUCGUUCUCUCUAUCUUCUCUCUCUCUCUCUUCUCUUCUCCUCUCUCUCUCUCUCUCUCUCUCUCUCUCUCUCUCUCUCUCUCUCUCAGCAGUAGCUGACCCAAGUGCUGAGGGUGAGUAACCUGUAUAUAAUCCAUGUGUUUAGCCAUGUUAACCCGAGUUUGGUAUGUAAAGCAUUGAAAAAUGCUAUGAUUGUUAGAUGUCCGCUACGGCUAGUAUCUCAUUGCCUUGCCUUUCUCUGUGCCUGUAUUUUCAGAUGGUAAAAAGGAGAAGAAAGAUGCAGACCCAUUUGUCUAUGGUAAGUAGACCACUGUUAGUGCAUCUUGUUGCUCUUUUCCAUCAACUCAAAAUGUUCCAAUAGCCAUGAAAGAAGACUUUCAUAAGUAGACGUCCCUCCUCUCUAUGUGUCCGUCUCUGUGUAGACUAUCAUAGCCUGCGGAUCUGUGGACUGGUAUUUGGCGUGGUACUCUUCGCGCUGGGCAUCCUCCUUAUCCUCAGUAAGUCUUCAUACUUCAGUAAGUCUACCUACGCAACUCAUGUACUUUAUGGUUCUUUGGUUGUUGAUUAAGAUCAUGAUAUUGAUUUGUUGUCCGUUCUAGGCCGAAAAUGUCGCUGCAGUUCCAAUCAGGAGAAGAAGCCCAAGUAAGUCAGCAAUUGUGCCUGAUUGGUAGAUUGCUCUGUUGUUAUGGGGCUGUGUUCUCCAUCUCUGGUCACCAUGACAACCAACAUUGGUCCUCUUGGUUCUAUUGCAGGGCCCCUGGAGACGAAGAGGCUACGGCAGAGACCCUAAUCGUGUCCAAGGGUGAGACAACUGUCACUACCGACUCACCCCUCACACACCCCUUAGAACACCCUUGACACCAAUCCAUAGUUGAGUUCAACCAUUGGGAAUGAUUCUUCGUAGUCGAUUCCUAGGUUCCCCCUAUGUUUCGGCCACUGUUUGAAAUGACAACCCCAACCUCACUGUCUUUUCAUAAAGUCAUAUGAGUUUCCUUGAUUCCCCCUCUUCUGUCCGAUCACAGCUAAGGAGCCGGAGCCAGAGCCAGAGCCUGAAGCUAAGGCUGAGAACUGA